ACUACUCCAAACACGAAGUGACUGCGUGUCCGGGUCGGGGGGCCGUGGGUCAUUAGCAUGUACCUAUGCUCUCAUAAGUACUAACCUUACUUCAUAUACCCCCUCAAUUUUUCCCCUCUGCAUCCUAUUACGCACUCACGAUUCCCGUCAUGAUUUUCUUUACGAAGAAGCCUAAAACAUCUGCCCUUCCUCCCGGAUGGCCAUCGCCAUUCCACAACAAGUGCACUCAACGAGACUGCUCCUACGCUAAUAACCCGCAAACCGUCAAGGGUGUUUACCAAUGUCGCGGUGUCCCCGGAGGUUUCUACUGUGAGGGCACAUACAAAAUCGCAUCCACCCGAGCGCGCGAGACAGAGCACUAUUUACAAGAGAUGGCCAUGGCUCGUAGAUCAGCUGAAGAGGAACAGAGAAGGCGCAAGACAUCAGAGAUGAGACGACCUGAGAGGGGACCCGAGUUUGGGAUGCGACGGGGUGGGACGAACCUGUCUGACAGGAGAAUACCAGAUGAACGGGACCACCGAUCUGAUUUUCGGCAAGCUCCUCGCAUUACGAGAGGCACGGAAAAUAGGAGACCGCAAACGGGUGUACCAAGUUCAGGUUACCGCCCUUCACAAUCCGAAAAAGAGUCGGAGUACAGGGUUGACCAACUUCUCAUGAACCUCUAUCCUGAAAGAGAAAUCCGACCAAGAUGGAUAUAAUGAACAUACUACUACACGAGUUCUACAUUUUAUGUAUUUUUAGGCCCCAUUCAGAGCCAGUUCGAUGAUAAUAACGAUUUCUGACACGAUAUUACU